ACCAUCAGCUGCACCUGCCUCUUCUGCUGCUGCUGCCGGAGCGCUGGGAGGGGUCAUUAUUUUGCAGGGGCCGUGGGAGGAGGCAUUUCCGACACACCGACAGAAGCGUGUAACCUCAGAUUCAGCACCACAUAAUUGAGGAGAGCGUCCGGAUUGACUCGAUUGUUACUCUCUUUGGGUUAACAGAAGUGAGGAGCACCAUUAAUUUGGAGUACUCGACAAGACUGCGCACGAUUUGUGGACCCGGUAAAAAAAGCUGUUUCCUCCAUCAAUUUAAGAAACCAUGACGACUGCUACUUCGCCAAUCCUGUUAAAAUGGGACCCAAAGAGCCUUGAAAUUCGCACCUUGACUGUGGAAAGACUUCUGGAGCCCCUGGUCACACAGGUGACCACUCUGGUGAAUACCAGCAACAAGGGACCAUCCAGUAAGAAAAAGGGGAGAUCUAAGAAGGCUCAUGUCCUGGCAGUGUCUGUUGAGCAGGCUACCCACAACUUCCUUGACAAAGGGGAACAAAUCGCUAAAGACAGCCAGGAUCUGAAGGAAGAGCUCAUUGCUGCUGUGGAGGAUGUUCGGAAGCAGGGAGAAACUAUGCGGAUCGCCUCCUCUGAGUUUGCAGACGACCCCUGCUCCUCUGUAAAACGGGGUACCAUGGUGAGGGCUGCUCGCGCGCUGCUGUCCGCCGUUACCCGCCUGCUCAUCCUAGCCGACAUGGCCGACGUGAUGAGACUGCUGGCCCAUCUUAAAGUUGUGGAAGAGGCGCUCGAGGGGGUAAAGAACGCUACCAAUGAGCAGGACCUGGCCAACCGUUUCAAAGAGUUUGGCAAAGAGAUGGUUAAGCUGAACUAUGUGGCAGCACGCAGACAGCAGGAGCUUAAGGACCCCCAGUGUCGAGAUGAGAUGGCAGCUGCUCGCGGAGCUCUGAAGAAAAACGCCACCAUGCUGUACACGGCCUCCCAGGCCUUCCUGCGGCACCCAGACGUGGCAGCCACACGGGCCAACCGAGAUUACGUGUUCAAGCAGGUCCAGGAGGCCAUAGGGGGCAUUUCCAGCGCUGCUCAAGCCACCUCACCCACUGAAGAGAAGCAUGGCCAUGCUGGAAUUGGAGAACUAGCUGCUGCGCUCAAUGAGUUUGAUAACAAGAUCAUACUGGAUCCUCUGACAUUCAGCGAGGCUCGUUUCAGGCCUUCUCUGGAGGAACGCUUGGAGAGCAUCAUCAGUGGUGCCGCGCUGAUGGCAGACUCUUCAUGCACGCGCGAUGACCGGCGCGAACGCAUUGUGGCUGAAUGCAACGCAGUCCGACAGGCCCUUCAAGACUUGUUGAGCGAGUACAUGAACAAUACCGGCAGAAAAGAAAAAGGCGACCCACUGAACUCGGCUAUUGACAAAAUGACCAAAAAGACGAGGGAUUUGCGCAGACAGCUAAGGAAGGCUGUAAUGGACCACAUCUCGGACUCCUUCCUUGAAACCAACGUCCCCCUCUUGGUGCUGAUUGAAGCAGCAAAGAGUGGAAAUGAGAAGGAAGUCAAGGAGUAUGCCCAGGUGUUCCGCGAGCACGCCAACAAGCUGGUAGAGGUGGCCAACUUGGCUUGCUCCAUCUCCAACAAUGAAGAGGGAGUGAAGUUGGUACGAAUGGCAGCCACCCAAAUUGACAGCUUAUGUCCACAGGUUAUCAAUGCUGCCCUCACUCUGGCUGCCCGCCCCCAAAGCAAGGUUGCCCAGGAUAACAUGGAUGUUUUCAAGGAUCAGUGGGAGAAGCAAGUGCGCAUUCUGACCGAAGCUGUGGACGACAUCACAUCUGUGGAUGACUUUCUUUCUGUAUCAGAGAACCAUAUUCUUGAGGAUGUCAACAAAUGCGUAAUUGCUCUACAAGAGGGGGAUGUGGACACUCUUGACCGGACUGCCGGAGCCAUCCGGGGUCGAGCUGCUCGUGUGGUUCACAUCAUUAAUGCUGAGAUGGAAAAUUAUGAACCAGGGGUCUACACCGAACGCGUGUUGGAGUCCAUCAAGCUCCUGUCGGAAACUGUCAUGCCCCGAUUUGCUGAACAAGUGGAGGUAGCAAUCGAAGCGCUGAGUACGAACCCCCCGCAGGCCUUUGAGGAGAAUGAGUUCAUUGAUGCCUCCCGUUUGGUGUAUGACGGCGUCCGUGACAUCCGGAAAGCUGUCCUCAUGAUAAGGACACCAGAAGAGUUGGAGGAUGACUCAGACUUUGAACAAGAAGACUAUGAUACUCGCAGCAGGACCAGCGUCCAGACUGAGGACGACCAGCUUAUUGCAGGACAGAGUGCUCGGGCCAUCAUGGCUCAGCUUCCACAGGAGGAGAAGGCCAAAAUCGCAGAGCAGGUCGAGAGUUUCAGACAGGAGAAGUGCAAGCUGGAUGCGGAGGUCGCCAAGUGGGAUGACAAUGGCAACGACAUCAUCGUGCUAGCUAAGCAGAUGUGCAUGAUCAUGAUGGAGAUGACAGACUUCACCAGAGGCAAAGGCCCCCUGAAGAACUCCUCUGAUGUGAUCAACGCAGCUAAGAAGAUCGCAGAGGCUGGAUCCAGGAUGGACAAAUUGGCUCGAGCCGUUGCCGACCAGUGCCCUGAUUCCGCCUGCAAGCAGGAUCUGCUGGCCUACCUGCAGAGAAUCGCCCUGUACUGUCAUCAGCUCAACAUCUGCAGCAAAGUGAAGGCUGAGGUGCAGAAUCUGGGUGGAGAGCUCAUCGUAUCUGGGCUGGAUAGCGCCACGUCUCUGAUCCAAGCAGCCAAGAACCUGAUGAACGCCGUGGUGCUGACCGUCAAAGCCUCCUACGUAGCUUCCACCAAGUACCAGAAGGUGUACGGCACGGCCGCAGUCAACUCACCAGUGGUAUCAUGGCGCAUGAAGGCACCCGAGAAGAAACCUCUUGUGAAGCGGGAGAAGCCGGAGGAGUGUCAAACACGCGUACGGCGAGGCUCCCAGAAGAAACACAUCUCCCCCGUCCAGGCUCUCAGCGAAUUCAAGGCCAUGGACUCCUUCUAAGAGGUUCAAAGAAAAGAAAAUGCAAAAAGAGUUGGAUAGUUGAAAGUGGUUGAAAAAAAAAGUCUCUUUUUACAGUGUGUUAACCCACUUCUGUUUGCUCCCCUCGUGUGCUUGGUGACACCUCAGGAGGACUGCAGUUCAUGAUGUUCGCUCCCGUGAACAUCGGACUGUUACAGACUGCCGACACACUCCCAACUGUAUUUAUUGAUCUUAUUGUAGCUUAACAUGUGAAACGAGCAACUUCUGAAAAUAAUGAAAACAUAUCAGAAGAGGACAAGUGGCAUUUAAAAAAAAAAAAAUUGUGGCAGUUGAUAUUUUAGCUAUAUCAUUGUUGUGCUACUGACUGGCUGUGUGUGAGCACACUUAAAAAGCCUUGAAUAGUUCAAUAGAGGAGCUGUUUUAACGUACAGAUGAGUCUAGGCUUUUUUUUUUUUGGUUCAUUUCUUUAAUCUUUUCUUAUUUAUUUUUAUUAGAUGUUUCCCAUGUAGACUAGAAUCUGUUUAAAAUACUAGGCUUGUUUCCUUGUCCCUGAUGAGUACAAUGACAUCAUCCUGGUUUGGUUUUCUUUUCUAAGUCUUUUUGUUAACCAAAGGUUUACAGUAUUCCCUUUAUGAAACCAUCUUCUUGAACUUCUCCAUUUACUCUGAUGAGCUUGUUUGGAAGUUGUGUAGCGUAUAAUAUAGACAGAGAGGUUUGGCUAGUUGUGGUUUUGCUCCAACAAUAGAGUUGCUGCAUACACUAGCUUUAUAUUCACCCCUUCUCUAAUAAACCCCUCAACUUGA